AGGCGUUACGUUGGCCCGUUUGUAUCCAAACAAAGGUGUCCCUUUCGAGGAUGAUGAUCGGUGUAACUAUUAGCCCUUUGCUGUUCAAUAUUGGCUAGCGGGCUGAUUUUGGUCCGGUCGAUAACCCGAGAUAUCAUACUAACGCCGUGUACGACCAACUUCACAUCUAACAGAGGAUCGGAAUUGUCGACAAUCCCCGCUUGCGAACCCAAAAAGGGACAUGUAGUCUUUAACUGCCCUUUGUGAUUCACGCAAUUGCCCAUUCUUCGUCACAAAUCUAUAGGUAAUGAUAAUGCAUCGCCGGAUAGCAUAGGUAUCCGACACAGCAUGACAGAAUUUCCGCCGUUAAUACCCGAUCGGGGUGAAGACUCGGAUUGGGACUCAACACUUGUUGUACACAAUCACUUCGUGAAUGUAAGCAUAGUACCGGAAAGACGACACAGUGGGUGGGAGACAGUAGAGAGAGGGUGGGUGGAAAGCAAGCAGCAACAAGCUCAAGCAAAGGGCUUAAAAUCGCAGGGUCGAGCAUCAGAUGGCCCAUUCUCCACUGAUGCAUCUAACGAUGUCUUGAGCAGUAUCGCGACAGAUGCCAGUAAGGCUACGGCCUUUUUUGCUUACCCUCAGAUGUCCAUUCCCACCCCUCAGUUAGAAUUCGAUUUCCGGAUGAGAGUCCUUCUAAACCCACAGUCUGCUUCAAUUUCCGUAGGCGAUGGAUUCAAGAAGAUGUCCACAUUUUCGGAGGGUACGUGGUCGGGUCAUUUUGGACACGGCCUUGUUGUCAACGGAGGCCAAGACAGUCAAGAUAUGGUGUGUGGGGAUACGAUAGCAACACAAGUGGAAGCAACUCUGCGCUUACAGACUGCAGACGAGCCGCCAGCAUGCAUCGAGUGCAAACUGAGGGGAAAUAGAAUUGGACCUUCGGAUCUCAUGAAGGAGCUUCAAGGCCCUGGAAAAUGCAGGCAGGCGGAUCCAAGGUUGUGUCCGUACAGAAUAUUCGUCUCCAUGAAAACAUCAGAUCCACGAUAUAAAGACAAGCUAAAUACCGGCAUGUGGAUUGGAAGCUGUGUCUGGAAAGACUUGGAAGUUGUGUUUGACGCAUACAGAAUAAGUUGAUUCAGCCUCUUCGAAGACGAGGGAGGAGGAAUAUGAUUGAGGUAACGGAAUGAGCUGAACACGAAACCGGAUCCUGACAAGAUUGCCAACCAGUUAAGAGUAUU